CGCAGCAUGAAUCUGAACGAGGAAGACGAGAGCGGUAACGAGAGCAGCAAGCAGCUGUUCUUGGUCGGCGGUGCGACCCCGCGCGACCCGCUGGUGUCGGCCGGCGCGAUCGUAGCAUCAGCAAGUGUUCCCGACGACAUCAGCCAGGGUGACGAUCUGCAGUCGACUGCCUUGGCCGGUCUGAUCGGCGCGCAAUCCAGCUCGGUCUGCUUCCCGACGAAAUUCACGUACGACUUCUCGACCAGUCCUGAGAGCGAGGAGAGACCGUCCUGUGUGAUUGGCAAGAGGAAGCAGCGCAGGUACCGUACUACGUUUUCCAAUUUCCAGCUGGAGGAGCUGGAGCGCGCCUUUCAGAAGACCCAUUAUCCCGACGUGUUCUUCCGCGAAGAGCUGGCAGUUCGUAUCCAAUUGACGGAAGCUAGAGUACAAGUCUGGUUUCAAAACAGAAGAGCCAAGUGGCGCAAGCAGGAGAAGCAAUGUAAAAUUGCGACUCACAUGACGUCGCAUUUGCCACCGUCGGACUGUACGGAGGUGGUGCAGCAGCAGCAGCAGCAGCAGCAGCAGCAACAGCAGCAGCAGCAGCAACAGCAACAGCAGCAGCAACAACCGCAGCAACAACCGGACCACCUGCUGCUGGAGUCACCUUGCAGUCCUCCUCCCAUCUACCUCGGCAUGGAGUGGGCGGGUUUCUCUCCGUACAACAACACGGACAGCACGUCUUCUCUUAUCGCGAGCAACAUGAACAAACCGUCGGAGGCAGAAGCCGACAACAAUCCGCUGCUCGAUCCGGAAUUAUUACAAUUGAAACCGCCACGUUCCUAAUAAUGUUAAGAACAGAUGUACACAUACACAGCAUGAUGCUAGAUUUCUCGGAGGAAUUACGAUUGUGAUUUCCAAAACGUAGUAUAAAGUAACAUGCAAUAAUUGUAAUUUGAAACAAAAAUAUCGUUCACUGCGAAGUAUAACAUGUUCACAGAAUGUUUACCUCAUAAACGAGACGAGAUGUAUUUCGAAGAAUAAGAGACACUGCGAGACUUUUACGUUCAACGUUUGGUGUAUAAAGAUAUAUAUAUAUAUAUAUAUAUAUAUAUAUAUAUAUAUAUAUAUAUAUGACGAUGGGACGUUAUGCAAUUUAAGAAACACAAGUGCGGCCUUACAUUAUAAAUAUUGCGUGCGAAUGAGAUCGGUCGGCGAGAUCGCACCGUGAUCGCAACUUCGGAGAAUUAAGAAUAUCGGUUAUGUAAAUUUUGUAAGGAAACCAUAUGUAGAUAUACCGAGCUACUCGAGAAGAGAGAAAAUUAAAUGGAUUCUCCUUGUCUUGGAGGGACGCAAUGAAUUCGUAUUGUAUAAAAUUACUCUCUCUGCGCAACAUGUUACUCCGAUAUAAAAUAGUAACAUCAUCUUUAUUUAGUGUGCAUAUAUUACAAGUCAUUAAA